ACCGAGCUCAACGCCACCGUCGCCGUCAUGGCCGAGCUGCCGCACCCCUCCACCCUCGAGGCGCUCGUCAUCACCGUCAUCAUUUUCAUGGCUUGCGUCGCCAUCAUCAUGGCUAACCUCAUCAUCAUAGCCACCUUCCUCAACUUCAGAGGCCCAGCGGAGGUGAUCAACAUCUACCUGCUGUCGCUGGCGGUGGCAGACCUGCUGCUGGGGCUGCUGGUGGUGCCGCUGUCGGUGUACGCGGCCAUGGUGCAGCAGUGGGUGUACGGCGACCUGGUGUGCCGGCUGGUGGGCUACGUGGAGGUGACGCUGUGGAGCGUCAGCGUCUUCACCUUCAUGUGGAUGAGCGUGGACCGCUACCUGGCCGUGCAGCGGCCGCUGCGCUACGACACCGUGCAGAAGCACACGCACUGCCGCUGCUGGAUGGUCUUCACCUGGGUGUCGGCCGCCAUGCUCUGCUGCCCGCCGCUGCUCGGCUUCAACAAGCCCAGCUUCGACCGCGACGCCUACGUCUGCAUGCUCGACUGGGGCAACAUGGCCGCGUACUCUGUCACGGUGGCGUUCCUGGUGCUGGGGCCGAGCCUGAUCACGAUAGUGUACGCCUACUCGUACAUCUUCACGAUGAUGAGCCGCCUGCGUAGCGGCGCACCCAUGCACGACAAGGAGUAUGCGUCGGCGCUGUCCGAGAACCUGUCCAACCCCAACCACGUCAUGUCGUUCGUGCUGGUCGUCUCCUUCUGGGUCUCGUGGACGCCGUACGCCGCCGUCAAGCUGUACGAGUACUUCGCCAACACCAAGUUCCAGAUCCCGUACCUGCACUUCGGCAUCGUAUGGCUGGGCAUCCUCAACUCGUUCUUCAAGUCGGUCAUCCUGGUGACGCUGAGUCCGCAGUUCCGGCUGGCUGCGCGCAUCGUCUGCAUCAAGCUGUGCCGCCGCUACAAGGGCCGGCUGCAGAGCGAGCUCAUCAGCAUGGAGGAAGACGACUGAGGCGCCUGCUGCCGCGGCAACCCUGCACACACCACUCGACAUCACCAACGCUGAACACCAUCCCACCCGCGAUCCCUCGCGCUUUUUACGACAAGUCACUUGUCUACCAGACUUUGCUAACCAGAAGCUGUGAUAAACCUCCAAAUAAGAAAAAUAAACUGGAAUUCCACUUUCUUUGCACCCCCACAAAGCUUAAUCCGUAUACAACCUAAAAUACACUCGUGACAGAAAAUAUUCGGCGAAAGCGGCGUAUAAAGCUAGUGAAACGGAGACCACGGCCUUGACACCACUAUCUGCAUAAAAUGUUAAAGCAUAACGUAUUUUUUCCUGGUGGAAUCCUGCUUUGUUGAGUCAUCCACUGCUGAUUUCCCAUGUUUUCUUUUUUAUUAUGGUAAUGUCUUUUGUGGUUUCAGUAAUUUUUUCCACAUAUCCUUAUUAUUUCCCAUAUUAUAUAAUUUCCUUCUAUUCUAACAUUUUUCUUUCCUAAUUAAGAUGUUAUCCAUUUCUACACUCUCUAUUUCGGCCUAUUAUUUUGUUAAUGUCUGGUAUUCACAGACAUAAGUCACUGCUCGCACUCCUACUAGUAUGGAAAUUAUGGUAUUACGUCAUAUGUCGCAAUUUAUUAUAGUUUUUGUUAAAAAUAUAAAACCAAUGCAGUAAAACUACUGUGAUUGUUGAUACUGCUUAAAACAGUUUAUACACGUCUUUUGUGUAAGUUUUGUGAAGUACAAUUCAUGCCACCAUUAUAAGCCUAUUUUUCAGCAACUGGCCUAACGAAAGCCAUGUCAUAAUUAUUUGUCAUACUAAACGAGGCCUCCUGUUAUAAUAAUAAUCUGUGCCAACGUCUUUUUCUUUCUGAAUUUUCAGAAUACUGAUACCUCGGCGUCUCACAUAUAUUACUUACCAUCAGUAUCUCAGGUCAUAAAUUAUCCCAAGAUUCUAAUGUCAAAAUUCGACAUCUCAGACUCCAAAGUUAUAACGCGACUUCAUCACACGAGGUCCUACGUGGAAUAAUUACUGUAUGCAGAACACGUUAAUCUUUAUAGGUUCCUGUCCACUGGUUCGAUGUAUUUAUUCAUCCGUACUGAAUGUGCACCCCAUGGGUAACGCAGCACUAGAUUUGUGUGACUGGUGAAGUUGACCUGAUUGGACAACCAUUAUUUACAAUGCUUUGGUGACUAUCCGGUAUUUUUUCAUGACUGCAGAUAAUAUUUUCUUGAAAGAUGACACAUCCGUGCAUAGAUCUGCAGAAGAUAACAACAUUGGUUUAACAUACCAGACUGCACAGAGAUUAAGCAAUACUGAAGAAUUAUGUACACAAGGUGAUUCAAAAGCCGCAGCACAUUGAAGUAAUCAGUAUUCGAAUUGCGAGUUAUGAAGCUCGUACCAAGUUUUGGUCAAAAUUCCCAGAAGUCAUACUAGACGAAGAGACUCAAAACUCAUUUCAAACUACGAAUGGUAUUCGUAAAGGAAAAUUGGUAGACCUACCCCGAAAAUAAUCAAAAUAACAUAAAAUCUUAUGUUUCGUCCUGUAAAAAAAAAUACAAAUACGAAUCGAAAUUUACCACUUCAGUUAUAGCCAACUGCAACGUCAAUCAUCUUACUGUAAACAGAAAGAAUAUUAUCCUUACAUCGUCGUCAUCGAUUAACGGUGUAUUUCUGCUUGCUCAGCCGUGUUGUUGAAUCCCUUUUUAUACACAAUAAUUCGACGACUAACCUUGCUCGCAACUUGGGAGGGUCGUCGAAAUUUUGUGUAUAAAAUCAGUGGAACACGCAUAUGCACACAGCUAUUAUUCCUACAAAUGACAAUUUCAAGGAAGAGGCUGACAUCACAGUGUUCGAGGUAACGAUUUUAGGUUAGUCGAAUCAGUGAGAUGCCAGAUUAUGCACAGACAGCAGUGUUUAACAUAAGAAUAUGAAGAUCCGUAAUUAUGUUUUGCAACAGAUGAGCAAAUUACGGCGUCCAUUCCUGGUCCUGUUUCCUUCGGCAUUUUUGAAAUCCACCACCCGUCGUUAGUUACUGACUCCACAUUCACUACUUUGCUGCGGAAACUUGAAUUACAGUUGAAUAAGUAAAUAGUUCUGACGAAAAGUGAUUUGGUACGUAACACAUGCUACAACAUCCAAACUGUCAACUUGCGAGAUAAUGGCCACAAUGUUUCUAGAACAGAAAUGAGUUCUCAAACGGUUAUAAGUUUUGGUCACAGAUUAUACCAGUUACAAAUAUCUGUUUAAGUUUAACAACUUACGUUCAUGAAACUGAAAUUACCAUAAGGUAGUUAAUUUAUUUAUUCGAAGUGAAGCGUCUUCUGGAUCACCCUGUACCAUAAGGAAAUAUGACAUCUUACAUUUAUCGCAUUACAUCUACACAAAGAGGGGUGGAUUUUUUUUCUAAUCGAAUUCGACAGUCACGUGCAAUGUCAUCUUAUUGAUAACGUAAUGCGCUUUCAGUAAUUUAGAAAUUUCCUGAAAUUUUUAUGAGAUCUACGUCAAUUUAAUUAAAUUGUAAAUUUAAGAUCAUACAGUCUUGUACAUUCUGGAAUGUUCAGACUACAAUUUUGUCUUAAGAAGUUGUUCGAUAUUACUGCAUAAAAUUAGUGAGCUGAUUUUUAAAUACAAUAAUUUUUUCCAAAGAAAUUGUUGGGAGGUUUUAUAAGAAAAUAUGUGUCGAUCAAAAUACAUUCGUCUGUUUUUUUGUAGCUAUCUCUGUAAAGUUAACCCUUUACGAAAGAGUAUGUAUUCAUCAUUCCAAGACAUUCUGAUUUUGUAAUUCAAUGUCUUUCAUUCAAUUCAUGGUAGUUAAAUUACAGUUUAAAACCAUUUUCUAUUGACAGUGCUGAAACUGUGUGUCGUCACUUUGUAGGAUUGUAGUUUCUGACACGUAACACUGAUAGAACUGUGCAAAAAACAACCAGCAAUCAAUAUUUAAUCCUACGCAAUAAUGAGAUAAUUUAACAAAAAUAACUCUAAUACUUGCAACUGUGAUUCUUAGACAUUUUAUUCCAUGUUAGACAUAGUGUAUGACUCAGUGUUCUGUUACACGCAUUAUGCUAAUCUGUGUUUAACAUCUUGCACGUACUGAAUGAGCUCACUUUGUACAGACAAGUAUUACUUACGGCCUGUUUUUACAAAAAGCAAUAAUGAUAUAUUUAACUAACUUGUUAAGAACAAUGGGAAGCUUGUAUCUCGUUUUUAAUCUCAUUAACUGUCCGCCCACUCUUAACACGUCUUAUCUUUUUCCUAUGGCUAUCAUAUUUCGGUGUUUGCUCAAUACUAAGAUUCUAUUUUUAAUAACGCACUAUUCUUAAAUGCCUACUUUAUAAACUUUUUAAAAUCUUAUCUGCUGGCACUUUAUCAAAGGCUAAUUAUUUUUAAAAAAGUACUUACAGUGGCGCUUGAUAUUUUAAAUUCUUGUAAUUUUAUCGUGAACGAGAAGUAAAUAUACAGACAUAGACUACAUUGCUGCUGAAAGGGAGGUACCUGUCUUUCACGUUUGUAUCACAUUUGCGAAACUAAGAUGCUCGAAUUACGUUUUACUUGUGUCCAGAUUGUUAUUUUCGUACAGUUACGGUUGUAUGCUUGUAAGAAACAUUGACCGUCUUUCCGGUGAAACUUACAGUAAUGUAAAAACAAUAACAACCUUUGUGAAGGCAAUAAUUUUGUGUGCAAACUCACUUAUCGGCUGAAACAAAUAGUUAAGGACGACAUUUAAUCAUGAAAAUCAAUAUAUAAGUAGAAAAUUAUUCUGGAUUUUUUCCUUACCUUCAACCGGUGCUAAUGCUGUUCUUUAAAAGACAAUCAUUAAUUCUUGCUGUUUUACACUGUGACUUCUUACUUUAGUAUUUGACUAGUGACAUACGAACAUGUUCUUUUGCUAUUUCCUUUUAUGCUCUUUGCGUAAUGAUGCUGAUCUCUCGAUAAUUUUGUAAAAUACCUUCACUUGGAACAAUGUUCUCUCGAAAUACAGUUAUCUUUAUUUACGAAUGAAUGCUCUACUAGCAGUUAAUUCAACUCUGAGGAAGGACGUCACGGCAUUAUCAUUUUUCAAACAGAAAUGUUCCUAUGACAUAACCAACGCUUAACUAAACAAAUCCUAAAUAUUUUGUUUCUUCAGAGAGGGAUAUCACAAGGUCUGCGUGUUACACGAACCGCAGAAUUUCUCUGCUUUUGAAACAUCCUGGAAGACAGACGAAAGUUGGAGCAGAAUAAGAGACAACGUUUGGUGAAAAAUUACAGGCGACACGUAGCUAGUGCAAUAAAAUUAUCGUUUUCCGCGCUUCGUUUUGUUCACUACUUAGUCAAUCAGACCAAAAGGUACUUCGGUUAGUUUGUACUGUUUCAUAGAAAAAAAUUACCUUCAUAAAACUCCAUCAGCUAGAGUCUUGAAUUAUUAGGUUAUAUUUUAGGAUAUUUUCUCUGUCUCAGUGCUUAAAAAUGCCAUUCAUUAAAUGUAGCGUAAAAGUAUUCCGUACAAGAGUUGGUAGAUGUAGCUGAGAAACUACUGCUUACUUCUUUAUAGUCCGCUAGCAUUCUUCGCUCCCCAACAGUAGCAGCCAAUUCUUCACACGACUUGUCCGACGAGUGUUCGGAUCCGUGCCUAAGUUAGUCUCGUCAACAUAUCAGAACGCUCCUGCUGUGUACAAAAACUCCGUUCUGUUAGGCAUUGAAAUUAUAAACACCUUCGUGCGUCCCAGGGACUAGGAAACGAGCACGGAAAGUAGAGAUUUUCUCAAAGGACGUUUGAAAUGAAACACAUAUUUUCAAUGACCAACAGACUGACAAGAUAUGAGCUUCCAGACCUUAAUAAAAAUUGAUCAUUUAUGUGAUUUUCUGUAAUAUUUUAUGAUGUAAAUGCCGUAUAUACAUGUCUGAUGGAAAUAAAAGCCUUUAGUUUAACAGAU